AUGGCUUCUCUUCCCCUUCUUCUCCUACUUAUCCUAUGUGGUUCUUUGCAUGCAUACACCCCUCGCCAUCUUACUAAAAAAGACACAACAAAACAUCAUUUUGAUAAGGUAGAUCCAGCACAGCAACAGAAAAUCGUAAAUAAUGAAAUAAAUAUCUUUGCGGGUGGUAGCAGUGCAUCAACUUUGAAGAAAGUGAUCGUAGUGCCAUCUUGCCAAACAGGUUCGCCAUCUCUUCUUGUAGCAGAGAAUGAGAGGGGACAUGCAAGGUCAAUGAUGGGACCAGCUAGACACCAUGUUGAAGAAACAAUGGUGACAAACACCAAUGAGAAUGCAGAAGACAUAGUUGAGAUGGAUUAUGCACAACCACAUCGGAAACCACCUAUUCACAAUGAAAAGCCAUGA